AUGGGGAUUGCUUUAGGAUUUUUCCAUGGACCUAGCACUAACGUCAUCGGUCAAUACUUUGAGAAGAGGCGAAGCCUAGCAAAUGCUUGUAUGGCAGCAGGUGGAAGUAUCGGUGGUCUCGUUCUACCAUCACUCUUCCAGAACCUUCUUGAGACUUACGGCCUUCGCGGAGCUCUACUCCUCACGUCAGCAGUGAUCUUUCACACAUCGAUUGGUGCCAUGUUGAUGCGCCCACCAACUUACUACAUCCAACCCGGCAAUCAAGACGUUCAUUUAAUGAAAGAAAACAAAGAGGAUGAUGGUCCCAUCACAAAUGGCAAACAUCAAGGCGAAUUUUUCAAUGAUGAGCCAUGCCAAUUGUCUGCAGGAAAUAUGGCUUGUUCUGCCCACCAUAAACAUAGCUCGUAUUGUCCGAAAAAUAUUUCAGAUUCUGGUGUAAAACCAAUCGGUAAUGAUUUGUUAGCUAAAUCAAAAUUAGACGAUAUUGAUAACGAGAUGGACCAUCACGUAAGAAUGUUUGAGACAUCACAAAAUUCUUAUCGGAAACGGUUAAGUGGUAACGAUUAUAUUCGAAACUCGAAUGUCUCUAAAUUUGACAAACAUCCAGGAACCAGUAGUAUCUCCAUGGCGAUACAUGAGUGCACUGAUCACACAGACGGCAACCAACAUUGCAAAGAAUACCAUCUGUAUACUGAAGACACAGAGGUACUUCCCCUUGAUUCUGAAUCAAGACAAACGUUGCAAACAUCCGGUGUUGUGAGAAAAGCCAAAGGUUCGCAAUAUACCUUAUUUCCUAGUCAUGGUGAUUUGUUCACUAACUCUCUAACAGAUAUUUCCCAACUGCAGGCUUCUGCAGAUUUCUCUGCACAAGAGACGACAGGUGAUUUAAACGGCCCGGACAGGGAAAGAAAAUCGUGCCUGUCGGUAAUCUUAAACGACCUGUCACUUCUCCGGAAUCCCGUCAUGGUGUUAUUCCUGUUCGUCUACUGCAUGGGGAGUAUAGGAUCGGCUUAUGGCCAUAUUUACAUCACGGCCCUAGCACGCGACAUUGGCAUCAAUUCUGGUCAGAUAACGUUAUUAGUGUCUACAUUGAGCGGAUGUGACGUCAUUGGAAGACUUAUUUGUGGCGCUGUUGUUGAUCGAAGGUUGAUGACCAGUUAUCGUGUCACCAGCCUGACUGUUCUCAUUACUGGGCUAAUGAUGCUGCUAGCACAUCUCUUUCAAGAAUUCUGGUCGUUGUUGCUAUAUUCAAUUCUCCAUGGGUUAUUUGCUGGAGGAAUAUUUGCUCUGACACCAGCCAUAUUAAUAGAUAUGCUUGGAUUUGAGAACUUCCGAAAUGCUAUGGGAAUAGCCAUCUUUGCACAGGGGUUCUCGCUCGUUUCAUCCGCUCCGUUUAUAGGGAUGCAGAGAGCAAAAGUGCAUGAACCCCCUGGAUAUCGAGGAUGGUAG